UUGGAAAGUGAAACUAAACACAGAAGCCAGGAACCGUUACAAUGGACUUCAACAAUGAGGCAGGAAACCUGGCUGAAGAUUUAACCUGUCCUGUCUGCUUGGACAUGUUUCAUGAACCUGUGACCCUGGAGUGUGGGCAUAACUUCUGCAAUUCCUGUGUCAGCACAUUUUGGGACAGUCAGUUGUUCCCUUCUUGUCCUGAGUGCAGGCAGGAGUUCCAGACAAGGAAGUGCAUCAUUAACAGAGCUCUGGCAAAUGUGGCGGAGAAAACACAGCGACUGAAGUGGGGCUGUGAAAGCCAGCAGCUGCUGCAUCUGUGCACAAAACAUGAGGAAAGGCUGCAGUUGUUCUGCACAGAGGACGAGUCACUUGUAUGUGUAAUGUGUGUGCCCAAACAUCCGCGGCAUAACCUCAUAUCCUUGCAGGAGGCCGUAAGGAUGUACCAGGACAAACUGCGAAAAACCACACCCACACUGGAAUCUGUACAAAAAGAGCUCCAGAACCUGCAGAAGAAACAGGAGCAGAAGCUUACAGACAUUAAAGAGAAGGUGGUGAACCUGCAGCAACACAUCACAUCUGAAUUUUCCAUACUCCACGUGUUUCUCCGAGCUGAGGAAGAUAAGUUGCUCCAAAAUCUGAGGAAAGAAGCAGCAGAGAUUCAAAGAGAGAUGGAAGAAAACCUGAGGAAAAUUCAAGAGGAAAACAAUGUCACCAAGGAGAUGAUAGCAGAUGUUCAAUCAAGGAUGAGACAGUCGGAAUCUGUGUCUUUUCUAACAGAUAUCAAGAAUCUUGCAAAAAACUGCUCUGAAAAAUACAAGAAUGCCAAGCCCAAGUCUACUCUGGUGAAACGGGACCUAAGUCGUGGGGUGUACAAAGGCCCCCUUCAGUAUAAAGUCUGGAAGCAGAUGCUGGCCAUCAUUUGCCCAGGACUUUCUCCCCUGAAACUGGACCAAAGGACAUCACACCCAAAGCUCAUUCUAUCUAGGGACCUGACCAGUGUAAAGCAUGCUGAUAAAUGGCAGGACCUCCCUGAUAACCCUGAACGAUUUGACCGAUGUGUCUGUGUUGUAAGCUCACAAGGCUUUACAUCUGGAAAGCACUACUGGGAAGCUGAGGUGGGUGCAAAAACUCACUGGUCAUUGGGUGUGUCAAGUGAGUCUGCAAACAGGAAGGGAAGUAUCACAACAUGCCCUGCGAAUGGGUACUGGAUCAUGUGGCUAAAGCAUGGCAUGAUAUAUGAAGCACAAAAUUCACCACCCAAAGUGCUCGCCCUCACCAAGAAACCCCAGAAGAUUGGCGUGUACCUAGACUACGAGGGAGGACAAGUGUCCUUUUAUGAUGCUGAUGACAUGUCCCAUAUCUAUACUUUCACAAAUAUCUUCAAGUCCAAACUCUACCCUCUUUUCAGUCCUGAUUUAAACUUCAAUGGUGCAAAUGGUGAUCCACUGAAAAUAUUUCAGCUGGUGCUUUAGACAUUAUAGAUUAUUAGCAGUUAUGGUAUAUUCAUGGUGACUGUGCUUGCACUGCUAGUAUUUAAAGGUGCCUUUCUAUUUUCUGGUAGCAGUCUUGUAACUGUAUUCAUAUAAUGAGUAUAAACAUUCCUUACAGGUACAUGAAAGGUUGAGACCUACCAGUAGAUUGUACAGACAAUUCAGACUGAAUUUUAAAAAGCAAUUAAUGGAUGCUGUCCCAUAGUUUAAGGAUCUGGUAUCUUUAUUCUUUGCAGAAACCAAGUACGGUCCUACAGUUUAAACAAGAAUUAAACAAUGAUGUCAAAUUCCAUAGUGUCAUUUGCCAGACUACAACCAUGCUAAAACCUACCAAUAAACACAUCACAGAGAUACAACAUAUAACCGAAGUACCAAUGCAGGCUUUAAAUAUGAAUUCACUAUGUAACAACAGAAAUGUACUCAAUCAUGUAGGUCAUGGGGGAGGGGUUACUUACAUCUCAUGUCAGUUAGUUUGUACAUUGCGAAAGGACUACACGGGGUGCGGAUAAACGUCAGUAAGUCAUAACAUGCUUAGUCAUAUUGGUUAAUUAAUUUACUCAGUGAUUCUGAAAACUGUAACCCAUAUGCCAAAAUAUAAGACAAUGGCAAACACAUUCCUAGCUGCACAGCUAAGAAAUGCCAUUUAUAAAUUAAAUAAUACAACAGAUCUUAAAUACAACUGCUUGUCUACUUAUAGUGAGAGACUUCAGUGUGAAUUAUAUGGACGAUAGUCAUGUCUCUUACUGUUUAAUGACUUGGUUGCACCCUGUAAGAACACCACGACACAGAAGUAAAUAACCUGCUAACCCAAAACCUCCUGUGUUUUGUUGCUUCUAGUAACAAUAACCAAAAGGAUGACAGUGAAUAAAAGAAAAACUAAUAACCAAACCAAAAUCCACUGUGAACAACCAAAUAAGAGAAUGAGCCGAUGGUAUAAGGUUUAUUGGAUCCACAAAGGACAAUAUUAACGCUGCUAGUAUAGUUGACAUUUUCAUUAUAAAACUUCAUCAAAUACAAAAUAAAAUACAAUACCUUCCCAGUAUGUAAUUAGAAAACAUAAUUAGAAGCAGAACGCCAUUGGAUAUAUCAGUAAUCAAUCUACCCUGACUAAUGAAAAUUUCAUGAACUGUAAUUAAAAACAUAUAUUAAAAUCUUGUAAAAACAAUGCAGCUAUGUAACAUUAAAACCACAUAAUACAUGUAUAUACGCCAAAAUGCAUAUACGAAAUUAUAUAAAACAUAAACUUAAAAGUAAAAAUUCAUGUAUUGUCUUU